UUAGCUGAGGAUGAAUCUUUAGGGGAAAAAAGAUCCCACUUCUCAGAAACUCGGAACCCCCAGUUUGGAGUUGCCCACUUCCACUGAAAUUUUCCUUCAUCGAGCUCUCUCCCUCCUUCCCUGAAAAACCCCCCAACAAAAAUUAGUCUCUGAAGCCAUGGAUGAAUCUUUCUUGCUAAUGCUAUCUAAUCUCCUCCACCUCCACAACACCUUAGACCCAACAACCUCCCUUGUUUCCUCCCCUUCCACUCCCUCUGUUUCCUCUCCUUCCCUUUCCUCUCCCUCUCCUUCCUCUCUCCUCUCUUCCUCCUCUGCCGCUCCUCUCCUCUUUUUCACCCUCGCCUCCCUUCUCUCCUUUCUCGCUUCCUCCAAAGUCCGCAAGCAAAAUUCCAACACCACAACUAAUAACAACAAUAAUACCAAUCCUUUUGACAAUUCUGUCCCUCCAUCUGGCUCUGAGAAUUCCGCUCCUUCUGAUAACGCUGCUUUAUCCAUCGCUGCCUUCCGCGCUCUCUCCACCGAACACAUCUGGUCCUUGGAAGCCCCUCUUCGAGAUGCCCAAUGGAGGUCGCUUUACGGACUCUCGUAUCCGGUUUUCUCUACUGUUGUUGAUAAGCUCAAGCCUCAUAUAACUGCUUCCAAUCUUUCUUUGCCCUCUGAUUAUGCUAUGGCCAUGGUCCUUGCGCGGCUUGCUCAUGGGUAUUCCGCGAAGACGCUUGCUUCUCGGUAUUCUCUUGAGCCUUACCUGAUUUCCAAGAUCACUAAUAUGGUAACACGUUUGUUGGCUACAAAGCUUUAUCCUGAGUUUAUUAAGAUUCCUGUUAGUAAGCGUAGGUUGAUUGAGACUACGCAAGCUUUUGAAGAACUUACUUCGUUGCCUAACAUGUGUGGUGCUAUAGAUGGGAGCCCAAUUAAGCUUCAUAGAAUUCCCAGUGAUCAAAGUGGAGCGAAUUUAUACAAAUGUAGAUAUGGGUUUCCUUCGGUUUUGUUGCAGGUAGUGGCUGAUCACAAGAAGGUAUUUUGGGAUGUGUGUGUCAAGGCAUCAGGUGCGACUGAUGAUGCUACACAUUUUAGGGACACUUUGUUGUAUAAUAGGCUUGUUUCAGGUGAUGUUGUCUGGGAUAAGGCGAUUAAUAUUAGGGGUCACCAUGUGAGGCCUUAUAUAGUCGGGGAUUGGUGUUAUCCUUUGUUGUCAUUCUUGAUGACACCCUUCUCUCCAAAUGGUUCAGGGACCCCAGCUCAGAACUUGUUUGAUGGGAUGUUGAUGAAGGGGAGGUCUGUGGUGGUGGAGGCUAUUGGUUUGUUGAAGGGGAGGUGGAAGAUCUUGCAGGAUUUGAACGUGGGUCUUAAUCAUGCCCCACAGACAAUUGUUGCAUGUUGUGUGUUGCAUAAUUUGUGUCAGGUUGCAAGGGAGCCUGAGCCAGAGAUUUGGAAGGAACCGGAUGAGAACGGGUCUCCUACAAGGGUGCUUGAGAACGAGAAGUCAUUUCAUUAUUUUGGGGAUAGCUUGAGGCAGGCAUUGGCUGAUGAUUUGCACCAACGGCUUUCUUCAAGAUAGACGUAUCCUUUGAGAAGGGAAUCUAGCCUCGAUUUCUUUGUAGAAUCCUGAGUUGAAGGGUGGCAGUGCUGAACUA